AUAUCACUCGGUUAGUUGCAGGUUCGGGAUUCAAUUGUCAAGUUUGCGGGUAGUUUCGAGGGAUUACGGGACUCUCCCACCCAGGUUUCCUCCUUUACGACCAUAUUUGGGCAACAGACCUUCGGCAUGUGGCAAAGAUGGCGGACUGCUCGUAAAAUGUGACUGGGUAUUUAGCUUUAUUGCUGUAGUGUGCGGGGGCAUCUUGCAGUUUCAGACAUAAGAAUCCGUACAGUAGUUAUUGGAUUAUGAGUCUGUGGAAAAACAGCUACAAGUAAAGGACAGAAGUCAGUUUUUGAAAAGAUUUUGUGAGUCGUUCGAUUGGAGGCACCCGUGGAGUGUGUUGAAACCUUUCGUACAGGAGAUGUCUUAUUUUAAAGCUCUUGUCAGCAAGAAGAAACGCCGGUUUCAGGAAGAUGGGUUUGAUCUAGAUUUAACAUAUAUUAAACCCAACAUAGUGGCAAUGGGCUUCCCUUCAGACAAUCUUGAAGGCGUGUACAGAAACCACAUAGAAGAAGUUCUAAGGUUUUUAGAGACAAGACAUAAAGACCACUACAAAAUAUACAACUUGUGUUCAGAAAGACAUUAUGAUCCUGCCAAGUUUAACAACAGAGUUGCUACAUAUCCUUUUGAUGACCACAAUGCACCUCCAUUUGAGCUGAUCGAGCCCUUCUGUGAUGAUGUGGAUAAAUUUCUGAGUGAAGAUGAGAAGAAUGUAGCUUUUAUCCACUGUAAAGCUGGCAAGGGAAGAACAGGAGUAAUGAUUUGCGCCUAUCUACUUCAUAAUCAUCACUUUAAGGAGAGUAAGGAUGCAUUGAAGUAUUACGGAGAUGCAAGAACAAGAAAUGCUAAAGGUGUUACAAUUCCCAGUCAGCGGAGAUAUGUUCUGUACUACAAUCACGUGCUAAGACAUGAGUUAGUUUACACUCGUACCAUGGUACUACUCAAGCGCUUUGAGAUGCUCUCCGAGUCCAUGUUCCAAAACUCCACUCUCAAUCCAUAUUACAUUAUUUGGCAGCAGAAAGUUAAGUUGUACCAAUCCAAAGUUGAUGAGGGAAAGAAAUCUAAUAAAGGGUUAGCAUUUGAGCCAAGCCAACCAAUUCCAAUUUGUGGUGAUAUCAGGGUAGAAUUUUUCAACAAGGACAUGUUCAAAAAGGAGAGAAUGUUCCAGUUUUGGUUUAACACAUUCUUUAUAAGUCAACAAGCUACCGUAGUGCAACUCUUUGAGGAUGAGCCAACCCUUAAAGUUGUAAAGCUUGAUUCUGAUUUAUACUUUUUUGAUAUUGGCAAGGAUGAUCUUGACAAGGCACACAAGGAUGCCAAGGAAAAGAUUUACAACAGAGAUUUUAAGGUUCGUGUCACAUUUUCAGAGGUUGAUUCUAUCGCUCCAUCAUCAAGUGCAUCACUUCCAAGGAGACCUGGAGCAGUCAAAUCACUGCAUAAAAAGAGUCGCUCCAUGGAUUCAUUUGACCGAGAGGAAAUAGGCAGCAUUAACCAUGAAGAAGAUAACUUUUCCGAUACUGAUAACGACGAGCAGUGGCAAGAGGAAUCAAUGUUGCCAGCAACACAAACGACAUAUGUUUGAGAAAGAAACAAUAGAAUGGAAAUUGCCAGUGUUGGGAAUAGUGUCCUUUUGCCUGGUAAUUAGACACGUGCAUCUCCUUUUCGCAGCAGAGUACAAAUCAUGUGGAUUCACAUACAGUGUUAGAACAAUAUUAUAUUAAAUAGUUAUUCAUCUAGAUAGAUUAGGGAUAAAAAAAUGUUUGUUUUGUGCCAAAACAUUCCUUCCUUUGCACGAAGAAAAAACUCUUAGACACAUCUUUUUAAUAGUGGAAUUCCAGUAUGUCAAUUAAAACUUUCUUUAAUUAUUAGCCCCUCAGUCAUGUUCGAUUGGAAAUCUUCAAAUCUGGCUAGUUCUGUCUUCGUUUUCUAUUCACUGAUAGAUAACAUGCACUCAUGCUCUUGAAACUGAAAAUUAUUCUUAAUUUUAGGUGUCUAAUGGGACAAUAAGACUACUAUUUGCUUAUGGUAAACUUGGGCUUGUAGUUUAAUUGAAGGGGUGCAUGGAAAGAAGCCCUAAAUGACUCUUGAUCUCAUGUCAAAUUCUCCUUUUCUAUACGA